ACAGGAAGCGGCCGAUACCAGUGGAAAGAAGGAAAGAAUUCGCGAAGAGGUUUAAAAUUUGGAUUGAAGUCGGAGAAACCCUGCCCCCCUCUUGAGAGUCUGGAGGGGAUGGGUCGCGGUGGAGUGUGGCUGCUCCUGUUAAUGGGCUGGAUCCUGGAAACAGGCUGUGAGAUGACUUCAGUCACUGCUGACGACGGUAUGACAAUAAACAUCAAGCAAGUGCCUGGGAGCUUGGAGGCUUCUGAUUGUGAAAUAUGCAUCAAUGAAGGGGAGUGUUACAAGGACCACAAGCUGAAUCCAGGCGAGGUUUCCCAGUUUGACUUCAACUGCAUUGACCCUGAAAACAGCUUUGUUAUCGAAGUUCAAAAAGAAGUUGGUGAAGAUGCUGACCCUGAAGAGGCUGUGCGUCUGCCGGAGUUGCCAAACCUCAACAGGACGUACAUCUGGAACAUUGGCGUGCCCUACAAAGUUGGCGUGCACAUGAGUUUUGUUGGAAAUCACUUGCAGCAGAUAGACUCGGCCGCCUGUCCAGAUUCUUUUACAUACACGAUUACAGGCCACCUACGCCACGAGGCUACCAGUGCCGUCCUUAUAGGCUACUUUUGCAAGAAUGGCACCAUCUCUAACUUGAAGGCCCAAGGCAAAACACUGAUAGAGCUGAAGGUCCCCUGGUAUGAGACGGUAGUGGAUCCAGGAUUUGAGCUGACCUUUGUACCCCCCAUUGGAAAUUUCGGUGUUGUCGACGUGGUGCUACAGCCAGGUCCUCCUGCCUACUUCAUGUCAGCAAACUGGUCCGGUGGGUUUCCAAAUGAUGAGCUGAUGUCGUGGAAUUUUUCUGUUCCUUCGCACUACCAUGCCACUGUCACCGUAGAGAUUUCCACCCUUCCUAAGUGUGUGAAGAGGACGGUUGAGCUGUGCAACGGCCCACCAUUGCACGAGAUGAUGACAAAGAAAUAUGAAGCAGAUUUUGGGCUGACCUUGCAGAACUGUGACACGGACCAAACGAGUUCUGAAGUGUUAACCUUUAUGUUCAAAGUUGAACUCUUUCACUAUGGAGAAAGAUUCGAGAUUAAACUGAAAGAGGAGGACGGUUUCAGGGUGAAAAUUAAGCAGAUGAGGGAAGCCGGGGGAGAUUCUUCGUUUCCGUUCUGCAUCUGCAAGUGUCCUGACUGGAGAUCCAACUGCAGCUCCGAGUUGCUGCUGGAGCCUGGGGACCACCUGUACAUCUGUUUCCACUUUGGGUGCAACGCCACGCGAGACCUCAGUAUAGAAGCCACCAAGAGUAUCUCCUGUAACAAUACAGAAGAUUGUCAUGUGACUAACAUGGGCUUGACCUUGCCAGAGGCACUUUCAACGCUACCAGUGUCUCAGCAAACCUUCAAAUGGGUACUCGAACAGCCGCCAUCUUUGACGGUAGAGUUGGCCUCCGAGCGGUUGAAGCUGCGCCAGCUCCUUCCAGGCAAGACCUGCGAUGGUGGCUUGAUGUACAACAUGAGUACAUUCAGCCAGGAUGGGGCCAGAUCUAUUGUCGGCCAGUUCUGUCCAAAUGGAGCAAUGGAGAAGAUCCAGACAGCUGACCAUGUGUUACUGGAGCUGAAGACGUCUGAAGGGUGGGAUCCCAGCGACUUGGACAUCAGACUAUCUUUCAUUCCACGUCUUACAGAGGACUAUAUUAUGAACGUCAUCCCAGAUGUCGAUUCCCCAGUGCUUCUCCUAACUCCUAACUGGGGACCUGGAAUGCCAAAUAAGUUAACAGCAUCGUGGAAUAUCUCCGUUCCUCCAGACCAUGUGGCUGAGCUUACUUUUGUGAAUCACUCUGUUCCCCACUGUGAACGUAGCCAUGUGGUGAUUGGCAUCAUAGAACAACGGGAGGAUGCCACCUUGUUGGGUUUCAGGGAAACUGACAGCCUGCCACAAUCGCUCGACUCUCUGACCCACACAUUCUGGCUGAACGUGUCCAACUGCGAGUCUUCCAGUGGACAGCUAAACCUUAUGCUUGAAGUGCGUGUGUUGGAAUAUGAAGAUAUGACGGACACUAUAAUUAUUGCCGCUGCUGUUGCUGGAGGUCUCGCCCUGCUCAUCAUUAUUGCUGUGAUAGUCUUCUGCAUGAAGCGACGGAAAAGGCAGCAGCAUCAGCCUAAUCUCAGCAUUUACAAUCCUGGUGUGAACAGCCGAAUGCUGGCUCGGAGGCGGAAGUUUGUGAAGGGGAGGCAGGACAAUGACUCACACAUUUACGCUGUGAUCGACGAGGACCGUAUUUAUGCCGAUUACUUCAAUAAGCCGGGAAUGUUGUCCAUCCCGGAGGUGGACGUGUAUCGAUCUUUCAAUGGUCCGAUCAUGCCACCUAAUCUCCCCCCUCCCCGCGGCGCCACGUCCAAGGAUGCCAGUCCAGAGGCUGUGCCUAUGGUGUCCAAUGACCUGUACACAUUUUCGGUAAAGAAGCGAGAUGUGGAGAAGAGCAAUGGGGAGAUGGUCACUUUUCUUGGGAAUAGUGAAAAAGAUUCCAGUUCAUAGCAAAUCUAUCUGAUUUUUACAACUGUGUGUGUGUUUGUAUGUGCAUAACAUCUACUCUGUACAAACAAAUUAAUUCCACUUUUGAUGGGCAGUGCCUCCCUGGUUUGAACCCUCUGAAUGUAGCAAAGUUUUGGGGCAUUUUUUGUUUUAACAUAAUGUUUUGCCCUCCACAACUUUGCUUCUUUCUGCGUUGGGGUCUAGUUCCACAAGCAUUGACAAUUGGCCAGAACCUCUCCCCUUCAGAGUUUCCAUGGUCUAUUCUUCCACAUUCAAGACUGAUGAUUAUCUUUCUUGAGCUUGGAAAUAAAGAGAGAACCAUUUUAAAACUGUAAAGUCCAUCUCCUUUUAGACCUCCCCUCCGUGGUAUCCUGGGGCAGAACCAUUGCCAGUCAGGUCAAUUGAAAGUAGCACUGCGUACAGAGAUUGGCAUUUUUCCCUCGUAUUCCAUACUCCUUAUGAUCCAAGAUGGAAAAUCCAGCCCUAACACCACAUUCCUUAAAGUGAUGAUGCAGUGCCAGAUGAGCCACUGAACUAGGCACUGCGUGCACGCUUUCAUUGCAUGUAGUUCUUGAAGGCCUACCUCCUCGCCAUGCUCCAUGCUUAUGGAGUUGUGCCUCCCAAGCUUUCAAUUGUCUCUCUCUAACAGGGAGAUGCCAAAGAUCCUUUGUGGUCUACAGCUUAUUACCAGGUCGCAGCCGCUUCCAGUUCACAUGGGGCUUUGUUGGCAACUGGCUUGUUACAAUGGGCUCCUGUCUCUUAAAAGCGGAAUAGUUUUCCAUGGUUAGCACGUUGGCAGGUCAGAAUAAAAUUACUUUUUAAAUUCGUUUCAUUUUAAAAUAAAAUUAUUCUUUUGGUUCCAAAAAUUGCCUAUGCUUGUUUUGAAAGCUUGUACAAAAUUAAAUAGACUUCUUUCAAAGUGACUUGUGUUUUGUGGAGCAUGUAAUUCGUUAGUUGAAUGUACUUGAAUUUGCUGUUGUGUGUUUCAGGUUAUUAUGUAUACCCUGUACCUGUUGGCACUGCUAAUAGAAAAAUGGAAAGUUCCUAUUGUAUUAUUGAUUUCUGUAUUUUAUACAUUGGGUGCCUAGCAUGUCACUCUAUUCCCCAAGUACUAGGUUGGGUGGUUGUUAAUGGCAGCCCACCAAGCACUUGUGGGCACUUAAGCAAGGCUGUACAGUCCUUGGCACAGAAUGUCUGCAUAAGAAUUUUACUAUGUUACAAGACUCCCAACCACAACAUCCCGAAUGGAAAACCAAAGCCAGGCAGACACUUUUGGCCCUGAGCUCGGUACAGAGAGUUACCAGGGCAGGAGCACUUAACCCAAUUGAAACACCUUGGUCUGCAACACUACUGAAACCAGGUAAUGUCUCUGGUAGAAUUAGCAUGGAGAGAAACUUCAAAUGAGUGCCAUGUAAGCACUGAUGCACUUCAAACAGAUGGUGUCAAUUUUGGUUUUGGGGUGUUCAGUUUUCAUUCUGCUCUCCAGAUACCGAUGAUAUCUCUCAGCCCUGGAUCUUCGAGUGACAGCUUGCACUGUUGGAUGUUGUGCUGCCUGCUGCUCCCCAGGUUUAAUUCGCUACAGCCAAAUCCCCACUUUAAUCAAACACGUGUAAAUAGAUUAUGUAAAAUAAGUGGACAGGAUGUGGAUGUAAGUGAACUUGGGGCAAUAUGUAAUUUAUUUAUGGUACAAAGCACUCGUUAUGAGGCUGGAUGUGUAAAUAUGCUUGAGUUUGAGAGUCAGCGAAUGGUCAGGUGCGGCUCGCUACCAUCAAGUUUUUGUAACUACAAAUCUGAAAAUGCAAAUAUUUGAAACUACAAAAUUGCAGUUGUUGUUUGAAACAUUUUAAUAAAGAUUUUUUUUUAUUCAUCA